AUGUCGACUAGACGAGCGGCGACGGCGCUGGCGCUCGGUGUUGUUAGCAUCAUAACCACGUUGGUGGUGUUUUUAUCGACAAACACAGUACCACCUUUGCGCCAAGUCAUCAAGAGAGACGUGAGGGCGCCUCGUGACCCGGCUGCACCGCUCCAGUUUUGCAGCGAUGGGUCGUUCCAGAUCGCCAUCUUUGAAGACCUCCACUUUGGAGAGAACGCCUGGACACAUUGGGGCCCGCAGCAGGACCUCAAUACGGUCCGGGUCAUGGAAGCCGUGCUCGACGCCGAGCGGCCCGACCUUGUCGUGCUGAACGGCGACCUCAUCACGGGCGAGAAUGCGUUCCGUGAAAACAGCACCGUCUACGUCGACCAGAUCGUUGCGCCCAUGGUCCACCGCGCCGUGCCGUGGGCCUCUACAUAUGGCAACCACGACAGCGACUUCAAUCUGUCGCGGGCCGACUUGCUCGCACGGGAACAGCAGCUGCAGCCGAGGGGACUCGCUCGUACAGCCAACAUGCUGUCAAACCCCGGGCCAGGGGAUGUGCGCCGCGCAGGUGUGACCAACUACUACCUCCCCGUGUACGGAUCUGAUUGUGCGCCCGGCAACGGCGAGGACAUGGCCAACCAUUGUGUGCCUCGGCUGGUCCUAUGGUUCUUUGACAGCCGUGGAGGGUUCCUCUACCAGCAAAAGGACAGGACGACGGGCCAGCGCGUUGGACAGGAGAACUGGGUGGACAACAGUGUUGUCGCUUGGUUCGAACAGACGCAGGCAGAGCUAGAAACCAAGUACAGGGCCGUGAUUCCUGCUCUCGCCUUCGUCCACAUCCCACCCAAUGUCGCGUAUGCCCUACAGAUGAACACCGCCCCGGGCAGCAAGGGCCAGAACGGUAGUGGCGACAGCGUUGAUCCACACCGACAACCGGGCAUCAAUGACGACAAGCCACUAGCACAGCAGGCUGAGGGCUGGUGCCCAGAUGGAGCCCAGUCUGGCUGUGCUUAUGGCGGGCAGGACGAGUCAUUUAUGCGUGCCAUUGCGGCCGCCGGCAACGGCACAGGCAUCGUGGCACUGUUUGUCGGCCAUGACCAUGGUGACACCUGGUGUCAUACCUGGGCUGCGGGUGAUACGCUGCCUGGUGUCGACAUCCCGGGCACUGGCGUUCAUAUUUGCUUUGGGCAGCACACGGGCUACGGCGGAUACGGCACCUGGACGCGCGGAGGACGGCAGGUCCGUGUCACGGAGGAGAGCUUGAGGCAGGCGGGUUUGGCCGCAUCGUCACGAACCAACCACCGGCCAGCUGUGGAUACUUGGAUUCGCCUGGAAACGGGCGAUGUCGUCGGCAACGUGUCUCUCAACGCUACAUAUGGGCGUGAUGUGUACCCUUCGACGCCCAACACGCACACGCACUGUCCGACGUGCGACACUAUUGACGCAUCGGAAACAGAAUUGAUACGCAAACGACCAUCUGUCUGGACUGGGGGUUCGCGAUGGGGGUCUGUAUCAGGGUCGGCUUCGAAGUCAGGCUCGGCGGGAAAAGUAGGAGUGGUCGUCGAAGCUGUCGUGCCCGCAGCAGCGGAUGAUAUCCAUCCACCAAAGCUUCACGUGCAACAGACACAGCACAAGCACCGAGGCUGGCGGCGGUAUGUGCGCUGA